AAACAGGCCCGGAAACGUGAAGCCGGGUUGCUACAUGAUCGGAUGUGUCCCUUGCUUUCAUGCUUGAUUACUGGUUGGUGAAUCAUUUGUAUUGUGAUUCGAAUCGUAAAUAUAUUAUUCUAUACCGAAGUUGAUUUAGAGAGACUCACGAUGAGCAUGACGAUGGCGAACAUUGAUUCGUAUGCACCGAUGCCCUCCAACGGUACAAAACAAGAGGUAGUGAGUGUAGAAGGCUAUGCAGGAGGAAAAACGCUCGCCUAUCGCACGUCAUCACGUGGAAAAAGCACUCAGAAAUAUCGUAUGGUUGAUCAGGAUGGUCAUUGCAACAUAUCCCACAAUUCUCCCCGCAAGCAGAACUAUCGAUUUUUGGCGGACAUAUUCACUACACUUGUGGACAUUAAAUGGCGAUAUAACUUGACAGUGUUUACACUUGCAUAUGUCCUCAGUUGGCUCAUCUUUGGUGCAGUUUGGUGGGUACUUGCUUUGCAACAUGGAGACUUAGUUCCUGAAAACAUUGAGAAUCCUGAAUGGAAGCCAUGUGUUGUAAACGUUCAUUCUUUUCCUACAGCUUUUUUGUUCUCCCUUGAAACCCAGACAACAAUCGGUUAUGGUUCUCGAUCAGUUACUGAGGAAUGUUGGGUUGGAAUGUUGUUGGUUGUCUGUCAGUCAGUUGUCAGCUGUAUUGUUGAUGCAGUGAUGGUUGGGAUAGUUUUUGCCAAAAUUGCUCGCCCAAAGAAGAGAGCUGAGACUUUGAUUUUCAGUAAGAAGGCUGUUAUUACUCUGCGAGAUGGAAAACUCUGUUUGCUGCUCAGAAUUGGAGAUAUUCGCAAAAGUCACAUUUUGGAAGCUCAUGUUCGCGGCGUUGUUAUUCAAAAGCGUGUCACAAAAGAAGGCGAAGUCAUCCCAUUGUAUCCGUAUGAUUUAGACGUUGGGUUUGAUCGUGGUUGGGACAGAAUAUUUCUUGUGUGGCCGAUAGUCGUGGAACACGUAAUUGAGAAAGAAAGUCCCUUUUACGAAAUGUCAGCUUCUGACCUUGAACAUGGUGAUUUUGAACUAGUUAUAGUCUUAGAAGGCAUUGUAGAAGCAACGGGAAUGACAGUACAAAAACGUACUUCAUACCUACCGCAUGAGAUCUUAUGGGGAUAUCAGUUUGAUCACCAGUUGGUUGCGCUGCAUGAUGACGAUUACCAUGUGAAUUACUCUCAUUUCAACACUGUUCAUCAAGUGUCAACACCACGGUGUUCUGCUAAGCAACUUUACAAUAUGCGUGAUGUUGGUGUUGGAGAAGGUGAUAGUACCACAGGUCCUAAUGGUAAUAUUCCCUUAACUACUUACAACGUGGAGUCAGAACUUUGACCAUGAAAGCAAUCAGAUAGCAGGUGCUAUACAUCGAUAUGACAGACACAAAGAGGUGUGGUGUUAAAUGAAGAUGAGGUGUUUGUAGAUAUGUGAAGAAAUUGACAACCAUAUUGGUUGCAUCAUCUUCGCCAAGGUGCCUGAAGUAUAUAGACCUUACUUUCUACAGAGAGUGAUCACUCCACUAGUCUAAAUCAAGGUCCAGAAGAGCAAAUUAUUACCCCUAAUUCAUAUCAUUUUGAAGAGAUUUUAAUAGCGUAGCUUGUCACAAGGCAUUAACUUGUUCAAAAGCACCAUUUUAAGCUUCCAGACCAUUAUCAAAAGGCAAAAAAGUAGUAUAGUAUUUUUCUGUUUUGUUUUUGUUUUUUUAGAAGCAGUCAUGCAUGAAGUGAAUUACAGCCUGCCUGGCAGUAAAACUGUGUGAAAUGUCAAUAAAUGAGAUCGGAUUUCUAUUCACUAACUUUCAGCCUUAGGGGAGGAACAAACUUUUC